AUUCAGAUUUCAAAUAUUUUUUUUUCUUCCACAUAAUUUUUUUUUCCUUUUUUUUUUUUUUUUAAUUUUAUAGCACAAACCCUGAAUGUUUUUCCAAUGCCGACGGCUUUCCAGUGGUGGUGACCUCAGUCUAUCCAUUUGUCCCGCUGAUACCCUCCUCUAUCGGGUUGCCUACUAUGACCAACAUUCAACCUGAUAAUGACCUGAACUUGGAGGAUAGGCGGAGGAAUAAGCCAUGUGAAAAUUGUCGGGCCCAUCGAAGGAAAUGCGUAGUUCUUUCUGGGGAUCGAUGUGAGCGAUGUAUUAAGAAUAACACCUCUUGUAUAUUCCUUAUCACCACCAAACCCAAAGUUGUGCAAAAAAAGUCGAUUAGUCUGUCUAAGAAACGACGAUUACUAACUCAAGUCUGGGAUCUCGAAGAUGUGUGCGACAAUCUCGAGGACCAACUAAAAUCCAUGGAUAUCCACUUUGAUGCGAAGAAUUAUACUCCAUCAAUAAAGUCUGAAGAAAGAGACGAAGACGGCGACGAAACUUCUGAGGGUACGUCCAGUCAAUCAAAUACGCUGGUCUCAUCGGAGACGGAAAUGUCCCGUUACCCAAGGUCAUCUUCCUGUAAUUGCACACAAUCCACUCCUUGCUCACAUAUGCAAGCGUUGUCUCCAAACUCCUCCGAAUGGAAUCUUACCAUCAGCCGAGAACGUCAAGGGUUGCGGUUUCAAACGAGCAUAAAGACAAUAGAAGACAUCCUUGUCUUCACCGCCGAGUCUCUCAAAUACUUCUCCAUCUCAAGUGACGUGCCACGGCAACCAAUGUAUUAUAGUGACCGACGAGAGGGCCAGCUACAAGUCACGCUUAAGAGAUUAGAUGGCGAAGAAAUAGUAGCGCAACUUAUCAAGCAAUCCAGACGCCAACAUACCCCACUUAACCUAGAAUCUAUUCGACCCAUCUUAGAGAAAGCCUACUAUUCCGCCAUCACUCAAAAAAUUCUUCGAGCUUAUUUCGAGUGCGACAACCUUAGCUAUGCUCUGGUUCACGAAAGACAGUUUUACCACCAUAUCGAAACGCAUAGUGAUUGUAUGAUGGUACCUGCCAUGUGCGCAUAUAUGAUGGUCAAUCACUGUCAACACGUUAUGCUUGAUGGCAUUCCUGCAAAUGCGCGGAAAAAUCUGGAGCUCCAUUUUGCAUCAAAAGCUCGGUCGGCAUUAGAAGACGUUCUGUUUGAUGAAAAACCAACGGUGGAAAGUAUAUGGACGAUGAUGAAUUUAGCUCGAUACAACUUGACAACCUUGAAUGGAAGCGAAGCUUGGAUGCAAAUAGGCACUGCCUGGCGCAUGGCCAUUGCCCUCAAACCCGAUUACUUAGAUGUUUUAAAUAACCCUCAAGCUUACACUGAAGAGAUGCAAGUGACCGCCGAGUCUUGGCGACGAUUAUACUACUAUAUCAGGUAUAUGGAAGUCAAUCUUCACACCAUCUUUCAACCUACCAGCAACUAUAUAAGCGUCAUUGACGACUGUGACUUGGGAGAGCCGACCAUGAACGAUCAUGACUUACAAGACGAUGAUCACAAAAAUGCCUUUGUGGUGCUGGAUAGACUGAUCAAACUUAGUGUACGACAUCUUGAAGAUAGCAACGAUAAUAUUCUGUACGCGCUUUUUAGAGGUACCAUUGAUACCGUUUCGCAAUCCUCCGUGGAAAAGCUUGAGCAUUUCUUGUGUUUAUGGUGGAAAGAUUUACCACCCCAGUUCCAACUUGGACCUUCACCCAUUCAAUACGUACCGCAGAGCAGCAUCGACGAAUGUCAAAUUCCCCAAGUCCUCAUGCUCAACAAUCUCUAUCACUUGUUUUGGAUGGCUUUUCAAUGUAGAUUGAUGCGGGAUCCACGACAUGCCGACUUGGCUGCCACACCACUUCAUUUCAGCAACUCAGACCGAGCUUUGGCCAUUGUUUCCAUAUGCUGUGACGCUAUCGCCCGUUGCAACGAGGCUCUUCUCCGCCUUAGCCCUUGUAAAGUGGAUGCUCACUAUUUGAUCAUUGCCAUGGAUGUUAUGUCUCGCUUACAAGCAUCCACGGACAAAAAGAUAUCUAGCAUUGCCAAGUCUAACCUGGUACUCACGAUGCGGAUCUUGAAAAGCAUCACCCAUAGCCUCGUUUUGAAAGGUGUUCAUGUCUUGGGAACUUUAAGUAGUAACCCUCAGGAUGACGAUUCACAAACAGAUAACCCAACAGUCGGUCUUGGUCAGUUCAUUGGACGACUAACUAGCAUAUAUGAGAGCACCGCUUCCUGUACAUAAUAAAAAGCGCUUCCUCAUUCCUCCCCGCCUUUUG